AGUUACUAGGUGUACCUAACUACUAGGUAACCUAGGUGCAUACAUGUAAGGUUAGUAAGUAUUCAUGCACAUGUGCAUAUGUCAUUCCCCCCCAAAAGAACAUUAAAACACUAAAGUAAAUCUUGGGACGAUGACUUAUAAACUAAUACCUUCACAACGUAUUACUACUAUUACUAUUAUAAUACCAAUCUACCUAAAGCGAUACCAUCUUGUUCUUCAUAUACCAUUAAGUUGAGGCGUUUGGCGGCCUACUUUCUUCAUUGUCCAUUAUAUAUCAUACCUCUUUCAUACCUAGGUACAUUCCUUUUAUUCCUCCAAUCUCUUUCAACUUUCCGUUCUAGUAUUUAUCCAACCCACCUCUUCGACCUCGAACACCGUGACGUUAGCGAUCUUGGCCCUGCUUAGAAAGAAUGCCCUUCCAUUCCAGUCCUCGUCUUGAGCCCUAUACCGAUACAUAAGACUCAACUCUUAUUCGACCUUAACCUGUUUCCGUCUUUGCGCAACCUGAUUCUUUCUAUUUGCAAUCUCGACCCUUUUUCGCCCCCCCUCCCCCCCCUCCGGGGACCCCGCGCUCUAGAGCUUCACAUCUUUUUACUCGCCUUCGAUAGAUCGUAUAGACCGAAUAGAUCGUUACUUUUACCACCCUGUAUACGUCCAUGAAUAACAUGAGCUCCGUCGCUCUCACGAGAGCUUCGGCUACACCCAUCUCUGGACAAGACACUAUGACCUCUCGCGUAGGUGGCAGCGCUGGAGAUGUUGUAAGUGGAAGCCGGGGGUAUGCGUCUGGCGGUACUCCAGGCCCAGGGAAGACACCCUUUCGCCAUAUCGAUGACCUGGUCUCUGUUAGUGUCGACCUCGAUCCCCACACACCGCUGCGCAAACUCCUUCAAAUCGGCGAUAACCACAUGCGGCAAGCUAUAACCUUUAACGAAUUCGGCCGCCCAGAUCUAGCGCUGCAGGAGUAUAUCAAGGCAUUCACCAUUGCUGUCGAUAAGGUGCCUAGACAUAAAGAAUUUCCUACCAUGAAAUCCGAUCGGGGAGAUCUGGGCCGGCUGUAUAAUGACUUCAAAUCGAGGAUCAAUGUUAACUGUGCUCUUUUCAGCGAGAUUAAGGACGUCAUUAAAGAAGAUAAUCGACGGAGUGGUGUGCAACCAAAAUCGUCUUCCGAAACCGCUGAACCUGAACCCCAGUCCAGGUCUAGCACAUCGUCAAGGACGUCAACGCAAGCCCAGGUCAACAGCUAUGCUAAGCCACGGAAUAAUGGAUCUGAUAGCUACUACGACGUCUCGAAGGCUAGUAGUCUCCUAGACGUGCCCGCUGGUACCAGCGUAGGACCCAAGUUGAAACCUCCAGUACAGCCAAAGCCCCAGUCACUGCAUGGAAAAGCUAUCAAACCAACGCCAAAGGCUUCCCCGAGUGACCUUGCUAAUCGAUUUGCUCGAUUGCGCGAUUCUCAGGGACCUGAAGCUUCUAGAGGAGCAGUCGAGCAACGCCAGUCGGGUAAAUUGGGAGAAUUGCCAUUAAUGCAUCCAUCGCAUUCGGUCGACAUGUCCAUUCCAGCCAUGCCCAAAGUCCCAGAAGCAAUAUACAAUCCCGCGAGGGGCACUGUGACGAGCGAGAUUGCCAAUUUACCUUCCAGUACUCCUCGGGGUAUGUUUAGUCGUACAAACUCUGUCGCCCUAGCCGCCGGUAUUUCUGACCGGUCAUCGAUGGAAAGCCCAAUAAAGGCCUCUGGUGGGGGACAGUUUGUCACGGCUCACACCUAUCGGGCACCUCAAACAUCAACGCCGUCCGGGGUAUUGUCACAAGCUGAGAUUCCGGUAGGGGACGUCAUCACAGCUAAAACGCUUGCGAGACUUUUAGAUCAGCGUCACUCCGGACUUCAGCUUCUACUCAUCGAUGUUCGUGAUCGCGAUUCUUUCAACGAGGGCCAUAUUCAAUCUUCCGGGACGAUUUGUGUUGAACCUGAGAUACUCAUGCGGGAAAACAUUUCGGCCGACGAGAUAGCCGACAGUAUGGUACUUGCGCCUUCCAUGGAGAGACUUGCAAUUGAGCAGCGCGAUAAGGUUGAUUUGGUAGUCAUAUACGACGAAGAUAGCGCAUCUAUACCAUCUAGGGUAACUGGAAAUGCCCAGGAAAUGGUGUUGUAUAACCUACGGCAGGCAUUAUCAUACUAUAGCUAUAAUAGACCACUCAAGAAUAGCCCUAAGCUGUUACUAGGUGGUCUAGAUUCGUGGAUAGAAGAGUAUGGAGAGCAAUCCCUCGAGAUUUCUCCCACACAUUCGAUGCGCCCAGACGAAUCUUCAUCGCAUAUAAAGGCUACAAAAAGACGACUCCGAGCUAAAACCCGAACUCUCAGUUCGAAUGAGGUUAAACAAUUCGAAGAUAUCAUUAAGCAAGACGAGGCUCAGGCGCCUGCUUUCGACUAUGUUACAUCUACAGAAGACUUCAUCCGUCGGUUUCCAAGCAUAACCGGUACCCCCGAGUCUAUGAGUUCUGCCGUAAAGGGUCCGUAUAAUAAUGGGGGUGUUUUGGAAUCGCCUGAGGAUGAUUUUCUUGAUGGUAUAACACCAGCUCCUCCUAGACGGCCAGCGCCUACCUUCCCGAGAACUCGAUACAGCGGCUUGGAGUCCAGAGAUGAAAACCCAGGUGUCACUGGCUAUGCGAUGAUGGCGGACGCUACCACAUCACCUGAAAUCGGGCAGCACAUAACUGGCCUCGAUAACCUUGGAGCGAACUCUUGCUAUUGCAACUCUACUGUACAGGUUUUACUUGCCUCGCCUGGGUUCAUUGAUGAUAUUGUGAAACCAAAUUGGCCGGCUGAAUGGUGUCCGGCCAGUACGGCAGGGCCCAGGCCACCACAAUUGUUAGGCAAGAUACUAAAAAAUCUAUUACAAUGGAUGUACCGAAGACAAUUCAAGUCAAUCAAUGCCACAACACUUCUACGCUAUAUGCACUCCACCCAUAGAGGAUAUCGGGCUGCGGGCAAGUGGUACAAGCUUGGCGACAGUAACCAGCACGAUGUUGAUGAGCUGAUUAACUUCAUCUUUGCUUCGCUUGCAUCCGAGACUGACAAGACAUCUGAAAAUCCAUACAAUACUCCAAAGCCACUGCCCCCUACAGCAUCCAAUCUUGUCAGUAUGUACGACUUAUGGAACAGUACGCAACGUAACGAGCACGGAUACAAUUUUGUUAAUAAACACUGGUCGAUAUUUCAAAUGAUCACACAGGUUUGCGCCUCAUGUAAGCACAGAACUUAUAGCCAAGAUAUAUUAACAGCACUGUAUCUGCCACCGAAAUACGGACAAAAGAACCUAUUGGUGGAUAUGAUUAACAACGCAUUUCUACCUGAUACCGUAGAGGCCAAAUGCAGCGCUUGCUCUCACGUUGGUGUGGUAAGAACUCCUUUUCUCGCAGGCAUUCCUCCUUUGCUCCGUAUAAACCUUCGAAGACAGGGGGCUGCCAACGACAACAAGGACUCGUCAUCCAUUAUAUUUCCCUUGGUACUUGACUUGACCAAAAUUACCUGGGAUCAUACGGAGCGAGUGGCAUUCUCUCAAGCGGUGCACGAGGGGUGGGACACCAAGUUUUCGCAGGCGCCAGUCUAUGACCUUUACGCCAUUCAAGUUCACCAUGGUGCUACAUAUAAUGCCGGCCAUUAUUGGUCCUGGGUCAGAGGGGACCAGCCAGACACGUGGGUCAGAUGUGAGGACUCAAAUAUUGGAAGUCACUGCGGUGCGGACUGGACCCGUUCGCUUCAAGAGCUGCACGAUUGUCCCGAUUAUAAAACACCCGUCUCUCUGUACUACAGCCGAAGAGAUGUUCCCAACAAAUAGACUUACCGCUACCUAACGUGUAUUUGUUUAUAACCAAAGAAGAAGUUGGUCGAGGAAAGGAAGAAAAGAUGGAUGCAUGCAUGGCGGACAACUCACUGGGCGGCGUUGAAGAAACUUGAGAUAUCUAUUAGACCUCCCCCUAUUUUUUUUCUCUCUCUCUUUCUCUCCCCCCGCGGCCUAGUCGGGGUGGCUCGAAUCUUCGGGCGAAGCCUUUGGUAUUCCUUUAUUACUUCUAUCUAUACCUAUAUUCCCUUGCUUUUUUUUUCGCAGACCUCGGUGCUCAACUCUCCCCGCCCGAGUUCAUAUAUAUAUAUAUCCCAACCCCCCCUCUCUUCUUAUAUGCAUAAAUAGUGUUGCUGUAGUAAAUACCUACCUAGGAAGCAUUGUGUAUAUAAAUAAGCAAGGAAGCGAGCAAGCAAGCAUUGUCUAAAUGUUAGAUUUAUACCCGAG